UAUUGUUCUUGGUUGUUUCUUAGGUUAAUCUUUGAGACAGGUUGAUCUCCCUCCCUACUAUGGAACUUGUUUCUUCUUUAAUAAAAUUUUUAUCAAACCAAAAAACUAAAGAAGUUUUACUUUUGGGUGGUUGAGAUAUCUGUUAUUGAAGAUUUUGUGUCGUUUGUUUCUUUCUUCCUUACAUAGUAACUCUGUCUCUCUCUAAUGCUUUAGGAAAGAUGAAGAGCCAAGGCAGUUAUGCACCACCGACUUAUAUUCCCUUGGGCCAAUCAGAUUCUGGAUCAGCUCUUGUUUUAGGCAAUGAAGACCCUCCGAAGCAGAAAAACAGUGUCGAUGGGCCGAUACAAUGGUCUUCUGGAAUUUGCGCAUGUUGUGAUGAUACGCAGAGCUGUACGCUACUUUCUGCCUUCUGACCUUGAUUUAUCACAAGGUUGUAUAGGUUUAUUUUGCCCAUGCUAUCUGUUUGGAAAGAAUGCAGAGUUUUUGGGCUCUGGAACAUUAAUGGGCUCCUGUACGACUCAUUUUAUUCUGUGGGCACUUGUUAAUAGCGUCUGCUGCUUAUUAACUGAUGGUGUUCUUUUGGGUAUACCGGGAUGCUUUGUUGCAUGUUAUGCUUGUGGCUACCGCAGGGCCCUAAGAGCAAAAUAUAACCUCCAGGAAGCACCAUGUGAAGAUUUCAUUACUCAUUUUUUCUGCCAUCUCUGUGCAAUUUGCCAAGAGUACAGGGAGAUCCGUGAAAAAUCUGCUGAAUCUGGCCCUGGUGAUCUAAAUGUAGCCAUAGUUACAGCCCCAGCAGUCCAGACAAUGGAACCUGCGGUUGACAAGUAAUGUCUCAGUUUUAGUACCUCUUCCAGGUGCAGGAUCAGCCUCUGCUUUCAGUAAUGAUCUUCACGCCCUUUUAUGGAUAUUGUUAGUGAGCCCGAAAAACUCUUAAUACUAGUUAUCUUUUGAACUUUGGUGUGUAUGAGGGUAGCUCUUAGCAGCAUCAGUCUAGUGUUUUCUUUGCUGGUUGUGCUUAAACCUGCAGCCUUGCAACAGCUCCAUAUGAAGUAGAGGAUUAGCUUUAUCAUACGACAGAAAUAAAAAUUAAAAAAAGGAAAAAAAGGAGAAGUAGCGUCAACAAGAAAAGCGAAUUAAGGUAAAACAUCAUCAAUGUAUUACUGAGAUAUCUCUAACUGUAUGAGAUCAUAUAUAAAGUUGUAACUUGUAAGUAUAACCUUAGUCUAUCUGAAUAGCCUAGUCCUAAUCAAACGGGGUUAUCCAUGUAUAAUCUGAUGUGUUAUUAAAUCUAGUUCUUGUUGUUCAAC